CGUCAACAUCAAAAAUAGAACUCAACGGAAGCUAUGUUUCCACACGGCUAAACUUCAACCCUUUUAUUAUCAGGAACCCGCAUUAACUUGACGAGGACUUUGUUACUUUUGUGGUUUGACCUAUUCGAUCCUUCGUGACAAACGCUGUCUGUGUCUGCCCUUUUAACGCUGCGCAGGUAAAGUCGUAUCAUAUACACAGCGUAAGGAUAUUGGGGGAGCGAGGCAAGCUACUUUGUGACGGAGAUCAAGGGGGAGGGCGCAAUAUUUUCCGUCCUUUUUAUAUAGGAAAGAAACGUAAAGUGAUAAACAUGUCGUUGCCGCCGGAACAUAUUCGAAUCAAGCGGAGGAGAGAGGAGGAGCCGGUUGAAACUUUGUAUAUUCAAUCUCAGAUACAUCAGCCCAAAAGGCGGUACACGGACUUCUGCUUUCAGCGUGUCGUGCGAACGCCUGAUGGCGGUGUUAGAGCCAAGGCCGGUGUCGACGCAUCACCCACACUUUCCCCUGGGGAGUCUAUCACGGGCCCCAGGUCAGUGAGUACGUCUAAUAUCAGACUUGGGGUACCGCUUGUGCGAGCGACGGUUCCUAGAUCAGAGUUCCAAAACAAGCCAAUUAUGUCAAAGAAGGAAGGCUUAUUAGGGAAAGGCCUUACCCCUCCGUCCGCAUCGUCAUCAUCGGCCUUGCGAACCUCGCAUGCUGCUAAAUGCUCUGUUACUCCAGUGAAAAAUCGCUCCGGGUCUUCUUCGGUUAUAAGCUCCCCUUCCUCUGCUCUACGUCGGUUUCAUAUAAUCGUUCCUAGUGGCGAUUUUACAAGUCCCUCCCGAAAGCUUCUACAUAAGGUCUCGGGAGGCAUCCAAAAGAAUAGAGGGAAUCGGGUAAUGAGCCGGGCAGUGGUCAUCGAAAAGCGACCUCAUCAAGUAGAUGAUGUGAGGGCGUCGAUUGUACUUGAUGACCUAGCAGCCAAGAUAGGGGAAGUUAAAGUCAGUGGUGAUGCUCCGGGAGCGUCACCUACAGCCCCGAAGGGCAUUACCAAGUCAGCUGUUACGGCCGAGAUAUCAACCACUCCUGCUACUCCAAGAAAGCGUCAUGUUGUCAACGAUGCCGAGAAGCGAUGGAGGGCAGAAUCUAAAGCAUCCCGAUAUUUCGAUCGAGCGCAGCAAGCUCGAGAAAAGGAGCAAAGAAUGAAAAGUGCUCAGUCCAUGCACGAAGAUCCAAGCUUAUGGGACCAUGAUUCUGAUCAGCUUGCUACGGAGCUGGCAGAAUUUGCCCAUGAAAUAACUGCUGACUCCGAAAUGUCUGGAUUUUCUCCUAAGGCUCCUCCACGAACUCCUCCACGAAGGCCAGGUCGGUUCGUUGGAAUCUCCCCGAACAAACACGUUCUUACACAUCGACCGCGGCUUCCGAAAGUGAGCGAUGAUUCGUUAGGGACAUCACGUACAGGUUUUGACGGAGCAGGUGAUUCUGGUGAUGUGAAGCACCUCAUAGAUGCUGCCCUAUCUACGGAUGCUUCAAUGGUUGAGCUACCACGUCAGCACGAUGAGGUAGACGUUAGGGACAGCAACUUCAUCCCACCAAAGAAACAGAUUGCGACGUUUGAAACAGCUAGCGACCUUGAUAGUGAGGAUGACAAUGACGAGAGCUAUGUUUACGAUGAAUUUAUUAGGCGCCCCGUUGCGGAAGUCGCUGCUGAUCCAAACACUGCCCAUCUUCUUAACGGCGAGUGGGCUAGUGAACAUGGAAUUGCGCCGAAAGAUAUUGGUGUGGUAGUGAUUACGGAAGAAGAUAUUCACUUCUGGGAAGCCUUUGCAGAAUCCGACGAGGAAGGGAAAGGGUGGGAUUCGGAAGAUGAAGAUUCUAAUGCUGAAGAUAACCCAGCAAAUGAAUACCCCGAUGAUGACCUAGACUUCGAUGACGAAUUUGAUGACACCAAUGCGGCUUACAGAAAUUAUCGCCACAAUGCGUCUGACGAUGAAGAGUUUGAUCCAGACUAUGAGAAUUAUGAGUAUGGAUGUGGUGUUUCCCAUGGCGGCGACUCCGAUGAUGAUUACUAGACGGAUUACGUAGUUGGUUGGAAAUCCUUCUCGCGCCAACUUAGCACGUAUAGGGCUAGCUUUACAUAACUUCAAAACAUCGCCACAACGUGAAAUGAAAUUGGAGACGUCUUUCUAACGUUUACAUGUCGCUAAACUGGCUUAUUAGGAUUUGGGAUGCUAGUUGUCCUGGCUUAGUGUUAUACCCUCCGAGGGAGAAGGGGACGAGGGGGCCACAACGGUUACAUGAUUUUUAUUUUUUUUAUUUUUUUUAUUUUUUAUUUUUAUUUUUAUUUUUAAUCGUGCAUGGAUUGUAUGUAUAUGUAAGAUAACAGGGGGAUCGAGAAGCCAACUGAGGUAUGGA